AUGCCCAACAUCAUGGGGCUUGGCUGUAAAAUGCUGGUGGAGGUCUGGGCCACCAGCAGCUUCUCCAAUGACGAGGGAGAGGGGACCCCUGACAUCAUCAUUGACUACAAAGUCCUGGAGGUUUUCCCCAAAGGCCGCCUGAUUCUCAUUAAGUGCCAUUCCCUGAAUGUGCCCCCGCCUGUCACCUACACCCUCUGGGGGAGCCGGGAUGUCGAGGUGGCCAAGAAGGUGGUGAGGACCGGCGACCCAGCCUCCUUCAGUAUCAACAUCACACUCAAGUCCCGGCCAGACCUGCUCACAUACUCCUGCCAAGUGGCCCUCCCCUCGGGGACCAGGGCCACCAGUGCCAGGCUGCAGAUGUACUGGGAGCUCUGGACCAAGCCAGUGUCCCAGCCUGAGGUCAACUUUACCCUGAUGGACGGAGGGUCAGGCCCCAGGGUGGAGGUGAUCUGCCAGGUGUCCUCGGGCAGCCCACCUGUGACCUACAGCCUGGUUGGGAAGGACGGACACAUCCACAGCCAGCAGAGACCUCCCCACGGGCGGCCUGCCAACUUCUCCUUCCCGCUGGCUGGGAUGCCGGCCUGGCUGCAGUGCCAGGCAGAAAACAGCGUCAGCGUCCAGGCCAGCGCCCUCACACUGCUGCCACCAGGAGAGCUGCCCCAGGGCCCCAUCUUGGUGCUGGCUGGCAGCCUCACCUGCAUUGCAGCUGUGACUUCUGGAAUGCUGGGCUGGACCUCAAGGGCCAGGGUCAUCAUGACUGGGAAGGCCACCUGGUGUUGCUGGUUGCGGGCCUACUUGUCUUACCUCGCUUUGGCAGACCGCCCCCAGGCCCGGCCGACGCCACCCCAGUCCCAGAUCCGGACCGUCCGCUCCGGGUCCCAGACCCCGCCACCCCUGGCCUAG